CCAACCAUCGACGGGCUCGAGAAAAUAUCUCUUAGUGCUCAGAACAGUGUUACUUUUUCCGCCCUUAGUAUAUGGCGGAGAGUGAAGUAUGGGGGAAAGCCGAAACACUUUUUCUUCUUUUUAGUAAUUUCAAACAUCAAAAUUAUUUCCGUAAACAUUUUUUAUUUUUCAAGUUAAAAUAAGAUUUGAAAUAAUAUAUUAUAGACACGUUAUUCGAGCCAAAAUGUAAUUACGUCGAAUUCUAAGUUUAGAUGUCGAUGGCCAAGGACGAUAAUCGUUAUGCAUUUCAAAUUACCACUAAAUCAAAAUUGGUUACGUCAUCAUUGGUUAACAUGCAGACACUUUCUCACAUCUUUAAGAUUGCAGCAUUCUGUAUUGCAAGAUAAUAUAACAUGGGAUUUUAUUUCUCAUAAAAUUCCAACUAAUGCAAGAGUAGUAAUUUGUGGUGGAGGAGUUGUUGGAUGUUCUGUUGCUUAUCACCUUGUUAAUGAUUUUGGUUGGAAAGAUGUAGUGCUAAUAGAACAAGGAAGACUUGGUGGUGGAACAACUUGGCAAGGAGCAGGUUUAUUAGGGCAGAUUAAACAUUCUCCAAUAGAAAGCAGGAUUUGUCAGUAUAGCAUAAAUUUAUAUAAAGAAUUUCAUCAGAAAGGUUUUAAUACAGGUUGGAAAGAAUGUGGGAGUUUACUGUUAGCUAGAAAGAAAGAUAGAAUGAUCGAAUUUAGACGUUUAGCUGCUGCUGCAAAAAUGGUAGAUGUUGAAUGUGAAUUAUUAUCACCUGAGGCAGCUCAAAAACAUUGUCCAAUUAUUAGCACGAAAAACUUAGAGAAAAUAAAUUUAUACAGGGUGCUCUUUGGAUUCCUAGCGAUGGCGUUGGAGAUCCUAUUAAUAUCUGUAAUAUUUUUGCUAGCGAAGCAUCCAAAAAAAGGUGCAACAAUCGUAGAAGGUUGUAGCGUACAACGAGUCAUCACUAACGAGCGACAUUGCGUGAGUGGAGUCGAAACUAAUAAAGGACUCAUUAAUUGUGACUAUUUUGUCAAUAGUGCUGGUGUGUGGGCUCGACGUAUUGGUGAAUCUUGUCAUCCACAAGUCAAAAUUCCUUUGUAUCCCUGUGAACAUCAUUUUCUGCAUACUUUACCAGUUAAGAAUUUGGAUCCGAUGAUGCCAGUUAUAAGAGAUUAUGAUGGUUAUUUUUACAUUCGAGAAAAUAAUGGAAGAUUUCUUGCCGGUGGAUUUGAACCAGUUUCAAAACCUUUAGACCCGAAUGACAUAGUCGAUCCUUCAAAACCAUUGCCAGAAGAUUGGGAUCAAUUUUAUGUAUUAUUGCAAGAAAUGUUGUUUCGCAUCCCAUCUUUAGGCGAUGUGGAAAUUGAUAGAUUAUGUAAUGGAGCCGAGAGCUUUACACCCGACUGCAAGUGGAUUCUUGGUGAAGCACCCGAGGUAAAAAAUUAUUUCAUUGCCAGCGGAAUGAAGUCGAUCGGCAUUGAAGCCGCAGGCGGUGUAGGUAAAGUGACGGCCGAAUGGAUGCAUCACGGAGAACCAACGAUCGACGUGUGGGACUUGGACAUACGAAGAUUCUUGGGAUUACAUAAUAAUCCAUUAUUUCUGAGAGACAGAAUGAGAGAAGUUCCAAGUCUUCAUUAUUCUCUUCAUUAUCCUUUCGCCGAAUUCAACACUGGUCGUUGUCUCAGAAUGUCUCCCAUUUAUCCCAGAUUGAAAGCUGCCGGUGCUGUUUUUAACCAAACGAUGGCGUACGAACGACCUUCUUACUUCGAUCCAAAUUUAAAAGGUCAGUCCAGUUUUAUUUAUUAAAAAUUCAAUUUGUUUACUUUUCUGCCCUGUGGGCACUGAAAGAGUUUUUAUUUCUACCUAUCACUGCUUUGAUAAUCCUAUACAGUCGACCACCCUAUAACACGAAUUCCUAUAGUUCGGAUUCCUAUAUCAUGGCGAAAAAAUUGCGACAGUAUUCGUACAAACAUGCUAAAAAAAACUCCUAUAA